GUCAUGAAGAUUUGCAGAGAAAAGGAGGGAAGUGAGGAGUGAUGUAACUGUUGUAUGUACACAGAUGGAUGAGGAGGAGAGUGAUGAAGAAAAGUGCAGCUCCUAAAUGAAUGUGGGAAUGAGAUGAGCACACUAUGAAAGGGCAGAUUAACCCCCUGUCAGAACAGGGUCACAUUUCAGCCUGAUUGAGUGGAACAAGCCUGUGUGAGCAGAGUACAUUCCUCAUGGUGCAACGUGGGACACACAGGGGAGGACACAGCUUCAUUUCUGAUCACCACAGCUGACCUGUGCGGAUAUGACUUAUACCAAAGCUCAAUAAAGUCGGAAAGAAGUUUAUUUUAAUCACUGAAUGGAGCUCAUCCUGUUGACAACCUUGAGCAAAUGAGAUGCUAAUCAAAUGGUUAGAGUAGAAGAAAAGUUGCUGGUAACAAGCUGAUCGCCCUGAUAGCUGUGCAUCCCUCUCUCCCUCCCUCCCCCAGCAGGCAGGGUGGCAGCAGGGAAUACGGAAGUGACAAAUGACAGCUCGCUGACACUACAGAGGCAUGAAGGAGAGGGCUGCACUGGUACACAGCGAUCACCCACCAUGGCUUCACUGUCCAGCGCCGAGAGGAGGGCGUUCGCUCUGAAGCUCAACAGGUAUUCUUCAGCAGAAAUAAGGAAAAAUGUCACCCUUCAUGGUACCUCUGGAUUUUUACAUCAGCGUAGUCAGAGUAUACAGAAUUCAUCUCCUUUACAACUACCUCCAGAUUACGACGCAGUUGACCCAAUAGAUUUUGAAAACUUUCUCAUGUCACAUAUGCAAAAUCAUGAACUUCUUCCCGAGCUUGGCGACUUCCCUGAAGAUGAUUUGGAUCUUAUAUACAAACCCAAAGAGUGUAGGACAUUGCAGCCUUCACUGCCAGAAGAAGGGGCUGACCAGGAUCUACACGUCAGGGACUGUGUUCAGAUAUAUUUACGGGACUGGCUAAUAGUCAACAGAAAGAAUCAGGAAAACUCAGGUACAUGUAACUUUAGCAGAAGUGGCUCUAGGAAGGACUUCCAAAAAACACUCCAAAAGCAAAUAUUUGAGUCCGAUGAGGCAGAGGCCAGGCAAAAUGAACAGUCUGAAGGUCUACCUGCCAGCUUGCCUGCGGAAUCUGGAAGUACACUCACCGCUUGCGACUUUGAUCUGCGUGGCCUAAAUCCAGAAAGUCGUUUAACGAAUCUCCUUCAGCUUUCAAAUGUGGAAGAUUUGGACAGGCAAAAUGAAGAAGCUCGCAGGGCCAAUAGACAAGCAGAACUUUUCGCCCUCAGCCCCCCGAUUGAUGAGGAGGAUGCUGUUGAAAUCCGCCCUUUACCCGAUUGUCCUAAGGAGCACAUGGGAUUUAGAAUAAUGGUCAAGCUUCAUACUCUGAAAUUUGAUAUUGAUAUUGAGCCGCUCUUUGUAAGCAUUGCACUUUAUGACUGUAAAGAACGAAAAAAGAUCUCAGAGAAUUUUCACUGUGACUUGAAUUCAGAUGCAUUCAAAAACCACCUCCGUGCUCACACACCUAGCGUGGCCCCUUCAAGCCAAGCAAGAACUGCACUGUUCUCCAUUACUUACCCUUCUCACGAUAUAUUCCUAGUUGUUAAGAUUGAAAAGGUUCUUCAGCAGGGAGAAAUCUCAGAGUGUUCAGAACCAUACAUGGUUUUAAAAGAGAGCGAUGGUGGAAAAACUAAAGAAAAACUAGACAAACUUAAAUCACAGGCUGAAACUUUUUGUCAGCGCUUGGGAAAAUAUCGGAUGCCGCUUGCUUGGGUACCUAUCAGUCUACUAAGUUGCAUCAAUGUUAUGACACUGGAAAAAGAAACCCCUGAAACCGAAAGCAUAAAUGGCAGAGCAUCACCUAGUGACAGAAGAUCCUCACUAGGGGCACCAAGAAGAUUUUCUGAAAGGGCAAAUUCAAUUGAUGAAGGCUCAACAUCACCUUUUAAGUCAACAACAAUUACGCACAACAUUUUCUUUAGGCAGGAAGGAGAUAAACUAAGUGAUGAAGACUUAUUCAAGCACCUAGCAGAUUACAAGAGAUCGCUGCAAAGGAGAACAAAAUGUCUACCAGGGUUGCUAAAACUUGAGAUUUCCCCUGUAUGUGAAGGGAUGAUUGGCUGUCUAACUCCUGAGAUGCUUUCUGUGAAGCCCUUUUCAGAAGGCCGAACUCGUCUAAUUAAAGAGGUUCUUGAGUUUCCAGUGAGGGAAGUUUAUGUUCCGCACACCACCUACAGGAACUUGCUCUAUGUCUAUCCACAGAGACUGAAUUUUGCAAAUCGCCUUUCAUCUGCAAGAAACAUUACUAUCAAAAUACAGUUCAUGUGUGGGGAAGAUUCUAAAUGCUCUCUGCCGGUCAUUUUUGGCAAAUCUAAUGGCCCAGAAUUCCUGGAAGAAUUGUACACCUCAAUUACCUAUCAUAAUAAGGCCCCUGAUUUCUAUGAAGAAGUCAAAAUUAAGCUACCUGCAAAACUUACAGAAAAACAUCACCUGCUCUUCACAUUUUAUCAUAUAAGCUGUCAGCAGAAAACUGGUACAUCAGUCGAAACUGUCCUUGGGUAUUCUUGGCUGCCUAUUUUGCAAAAUGAACGACUUCAGACUGGACAUUACUGCCUCCCUGUGGCCACUGAUAAGCUGCCUGCCAAUUACUCCAUGCAUUCUCCAGAGACCCAUUCAAUCUGUAUGAAAUGGAAACAUAGGGAGAGAAAUAGGAACCAAAAUGGAAUGGAUGCCAAAGCCAAUCAGCAAGCAGCUACAUACAUAUCACCCAGGUUCUCUAUUCCUGACUGUAUAAUACAUUGUGUUAAGAGAUUACCAGCACAACCCACACCUAUAAAGUGGGUAGAAGGACACAAGGGAGUUUUUAAUUUGGAAGUACAAGCAGUUUCUUCUGUACACACUCAGGACAAUCAUCUGGAGAAAUUCCUCACUCUUUGCCAUGCACUGGAAGGUCCAGUAACAUUUCCCAUCCGUGUCCUGGACCAAAAGAUCAAUGAGAACUCCCUAGAGCAUGAACUAAAACUUAGCAUCAUUCAAUUAAGUUCUUCGAGACUGGAACCAUUGGUCUUAUUCCUUCAUCUUGUCUUGGACAAACUUUUCCAUCUUACUGUGCAACCCAUGGUGAUCGGGGGUCAGACUGCAACCUUUUCUCAAUUUACGUUUGAAUCUGUGGUUUCCAUUGUGAGUAGCCUUCACAAUAGUAAAGAUCUCAUCAAGGAUCAGCAUGGAAGAAACUGCUUGCUGGCGUCCUAUGUGUAUUACGUGUUUCGUCUUCCAGAUGUCCAAAAGGACAUGUGCAUAGCAGGUGGAAAUUUGCAUGAUAGCCGCUACAACACUGUUGGCCGUACCACAGCUAAUGCUGUAGGUUCUAAACUAAUUCAGUCCAGAACAAUGAGUUCAAGCAACCCAGAUAUUGCAGGAAUGCAGAGUGCAGAUGAAGAAGUUAAAAACAUUAUGUCCUCCAAGGUUUCUAGUCGUACCUGCAAUCGCAUGUCUUAUUUUGUUGAAUCCAGUAAUGACUUGCAGUCUGUUGUUUCCAGCACAAGGCCAUCCGGCAAAAAGCACUUUCAUGAGGAACUGGCUCUGCAAAUGGUAGUUAGCACUAACAUGGUGAGGGAAAAUGUCUUCAAGUACGCAUGGUUCUUCUUUGAGCUCUUGGUGAAGAGCAUGGCUCAAUACAUUCACAAUGUGGACAAGCAGGAAGUACCCAGAAGGAACCGUUUCUCAAAUCGUUUCAAAGAUGACAUAAGCACUAUAGUGAAUGUAGUCACUUCCGAAAUAGGAGCACUUCUUAACAAACCACAGAAGGAAGUCGAACAAGCAGAGAAAAUGAACAUAAGUCUGGCAUUUUUCUUGUAUGAUUUACUUUCUUUGAUGGAUCGAGGUUUUGUUUUUAAUCUCGUCAAACAUUACUGCAAUCAGUUGACAGCCAAGCUAAAUUCUUUCCCAACCCUAAGUUCUAUGCGACUUGAAUUCCUACGGAUUCUCUGCAGCCAUGAGCAUUAUCUCAACCUAAACCUUUUCUUUGUCACAUCAUCAUCUACACCAGCUUCUCCAUGUCCUUCUAUUUCUUCUGAGAACUCCAGUUCCUGCUCUAGUUUCCAGGACCAAAGGAUUGCAAAUAUGUUUGAGCUUUCAUCAGAGUACAAGCAGAAGCAUUUUUUAACUGGACUCCUCUUCACAGAACUGGAAGCUGUGCUGGAUCAGGAGGCAGAAGGAAUUGGUAAAGUGCAAAGGAAAGCGAUCAAUGCCAUCAACAAUCUGUUAAGUUCACAUGAUUUGGACCCACGCUGCCAGAGGAUCGAGAUCAGAAAUAAAAUUGCUGCCCUCUAUCUCCCACUAGUCAGCACUAUUUUGAUGGCCCUUCCUCAGCUGCAUGAUUUUUCAGUUCUAGAUACACGGAGUGGAAAGAUGCGUAGUACAGAUGAAGAUCCAGAUACUCCCAGCACAAUAAACCCAAGCGUUGCAAUGGCUGUAGCGGGGAAUCAGUUUGGCCUUAAACCACCCCCACUGGCGCUCACUUCAGUUCCUCUUAAAAUGUACUCCACAUUAAGUCCAGAAUGUACACGGAACCUACUUACCUGCUUUCUGUGGAUCAUGAAGAAUGCAGAACAGAGUGUCAUCCAAAAGUGGCUUGCCUACUUAACUCCUCUACAGCUGAACAGAAUACUCGAUCUACUAUAUAUGUGUGUCUCCUGCUUUGAGUACAAGGGAAAGCAAUCGCCAGACAAGGUGAGCACUUUGGUGCUUCAGAAAUCUAAGGAUGUAAAAGCUCGCUUGGAAGAAGCAUUGCUACGUGGAGAAGGAGCUAGGGGAGAAAUGAUGAGACGCUGGAAAACAGCGGGGAAUGACAAAUAUGCCGGCCUUAAUGAGAACCUGCGGUGGAGGAAGGAGCAGACACACUGGCGCCAAGCAAACGAGAGACUAAAUAUGGCCAAGGCCGAAAUGGACCAGGAAGCCAUCAUGGGUGGAAACUUGGCUACUGAAGCCAACUUGAUUAUUCUGGAUGUGGUAGAAACUAUAUUACAGGUCAGCUUUGCUGCAGAUUGCAAGGAUAAUCAACUUGGAGGAGUCCUUAAAGUACUUGUGCACUCUCUGACCACUAAUCAGAGCAACACCUACCUGGCCCAUUGCUUUUCUUCCAUCAGACUACUUAUAAUCAAGUUUGGGGACGUUCUGUUUGAAGAAGAAGUGGAGCAAUGUGCAGAUCUCUGCCAGAAGGUCUUAUAUCAUUGCAGCAGUGCUUUGGAAAGUACAAGGAGCCAAGCGUGUGCCACCCUUUACCUGAUCAUGAGAUAUAGCUUCAGUAGCACCAGUAACUUUGCCCGAGUGAAAAUGCAAGUUACCAUGUCAUUAGCCUCACUGGUUGGGAAGUCACAGGAUUUCAAUGAAGAGUUUCUACGUAAAUCACUGAGGAGCAUUCUAGCAUAUGCUGAGGAAGAUGAAGAUAUGCUAGCUACUUUGUUUCCUGCACAGGUAAAAGAGCUCUUGAACAAUCUGAACAGUAUUCUUUCAGACACAGUAAAAAUGAGAGCGUUCCAAAAAGACCCAGAGAUGUUAAUGGACUUGAUGUACAGAAUUGCUAAAGGUUACCAGACAUCUCCAGAUUUGAGGCUCACCUGGCUGCAGAAUAUGGCAGAAAAACAUGUGAAACGGAAAUGUUACACGGAGGCAGCCAUGUGUCUUGUCCAUUCUGCAGCACUCGUAGCAGAAUACUUAAGCAUGUUGGAAGACUGUAGCUAUCUUCCCGUCGGCAGUGUUAGCUUUCAGAACAUUUCAUCGAAUGUAAUAGAAGAAUCUGCUGUGUCUGAUGAUAUCCUGACCCCAGAUGAAGAUGGGGUUUGUUCUGGGAGAUAUUUCUCAGAAACUGGACUGGUUGGGCUCUUAGAACAGGCUGCAGAGCUCUUCAUUCAAGCAGCAUUUUAUGAAACGGUGAAUGAAGUCUAUAAAAUUGUCAUCCCUGUUCUUGAAGCUCACAGAGACUUCCGUAAGCUUGCAUUAACUCACGAGAAACUGCAGAAGGCAUUUGAUCGCAUAAUACAGAAGGGUCAGAAAAGAAUGUUUGGAACUUACUUCCGUGUUGGAUUUUAUGGAGCAAGAUUUGGAGAUCUAGAUGAACAAGAAUUUGUUUAUAAAGAACCAGCCAUUACUAAACUUCCUGAAGUUUCCCAUAGAUUAGAGGCUUUUUAUGGGAAUUGUUUUGGGGAAGAUGCAAUAGAAGUGAUUAAAGAUUCAACACCAGUGAACAAAUCAAAGUUGAACCCCAACAAGGCCUACAUCCAGAUUACUUUUGUGGAGCCAUACUUUGAAGAGUAUGAGAUGAAAUACAGGAUGACCUAUUUUGAGAAGAACUAUAACCUUCGCAGAUUCAUGUACACCACACCAUUCACUCUAGACGGGCGUCCACGAGGAGAACUCAAUGAGCAGUAUAAGAGGAAAACUAUUCUGACAACAAUGCACGCAUUCCCAUACAUCAAGACCCGCAUUAAUGUCAUCCAGAAAGAGGAGUUUACCUUGACUCCGAUUGAGGUUGCCAUAGAAGAUAUGCAAAAGAAAACUCUUGAAUUGGCUGUGGCUACUAGCCAGGAGCCCCCAGAUGCAAAGAUGCUUCAGAUGGUGCUGCAGGGUUCAGUGGGAGCCACAGUAAAUCAGGGACCACUAGAGGUAGCUCAAGUGUUUCUGGCCGACAUUCCAGCUGAUCCUAAACUGUAUCGACAUCACAAUAAGCUGAGGUUGUGUUUCAAAGAAUUCAUUAUGAGGUGUGGAGAGGCAGUAGAGAAAAACAAGAGACUUAUUACACUUGAUCAGAAGGAAUAUCAGCAAGAACUGAAGAAGAAUUACAACAAACUGAAAGAGAAUCUCCGUCCCAUGAUUGAACGCAAGAUUCCAGAGUUGUACAAAAUUGUGGUAAAGACUCCAAGUGACGCAAGGGGACUUUUCACCAGGUCCAGCUUCAGAAAAUAUGAUUUACAAAUCUCUCAAAGCAAUUGUUGAGCCUAAAGAACCACAUAAUCUAAAUGAACAAAGACCUCCUGCAUUCAACGAUCUAUACAUUAAAGUUAAUAAUAUUUUAUCUCCAGUAAGGACUACAAAAUAAUUAUAAUAGUUUACGUAACUAAAGCUGAACUCCAGGUAUACAGCUUAGAGCUCUGGUAAACGCAUACACAGGAGCUUUUACAUGACAAGAGGUUUGUAAUUUUACUAUCCAGUCUUGAAAUUUGCACAGCUCUGUCUCACUUCUCCCUGCAGUUUUUAAAGCCCAAAUGAAUGCUGGUGUCAAGACAGUUUAAGGUACAGUAUCUCACAAAAGUGAGUACACCCCUCACAUUUUUGUAAAUAUUUUAUUAUAUCUUUUCAUGU